AUGGUCGUUCAUAAUCCUAACAAUUGGCAUUGGGUUGAUAAAAACUGUAUUGGAUGGGCUCGUGAAUAUUUUGGCGAAAAAUUGACAAAAUUGAAUACAGGUGAUGUUAAUGGUAAAUUUGCAGAAAUUGCUUCUGUGAGUUCAGUAGAAGGUGAUUGUGAAGUUAACCAACGUAAGGGUAAAGCUAUUUCGCUUUUCGAUUUGAAAGUUGUCCUUUUAAUCAAGGGACACGUUGAAGAUUUACCAUUUGAUGGUAGUAUUAACGUCCCUGAAGUGGCAUUUGACAGUGAAGAAUCCGACUAUCAAUUCGAAAUUUCCAUCUACAAGGAAACCACCAAAUUAAACGAAGUCAAACCAGUUAUCAGAGAGAAAUUGUUACCACAAUUAAGAACAGUUUUCCAAAAUUUUGGUAAGGAUCUGUUGGCAGUUCAUGCAAGUGAUAUUCAAGUUCCUGAAUCUCAAGUUAAAUCUAAAUUCACAAGAGCAAAUGCAUCAACAACAUCAUCGUCGUCAGCAACGCCAGCAUCAACUCCAAAACCAGCACCAACAACCGCUACGAAAUCUUCAGCCCCAACUACAAGUGGUGCUAACCGUUCAUCAUUGCAUUUAGAGCCUACUUUUAACGUGCCUGCAAUUGAACUGUACCGUACAUUUUUAUACAAGCCACUUAUCAUGGCUUGGUCAAGGGGUUCAUUACAAAGUGCAACACCAGGUGAUCAAUUGAAAACUGGUGAUCAAUUCGAUUUAUUUGGUGGUAACGUCACAAGUAAAUUAUUGGAAUGUAAGGAACCCACCAGAUUGGUAUUUGAAUGGAGAUUGAAGGAAUGGAGUGAAAAGGUUGUUUCUAAAUUAGUGAUGGAAUUUCAUGAGUCUCAAGAGUACCAUGAGACUAAAUUGCAAGUUAGUUGGUCAGGUAUACCUGUCGGUGAAGAGGAUCGUGUCAGAGGUAAUUUUGAAGAGUACUAUGUAAGAUCUAUCAAACUGACCUUUGGGUUCGGUGCAGUCCUAUAA